GACGGCAAGUCUCUUGGUAAGCACGACUUAAUUGUCAGGUUCCUAAAAGGUGCCCGGAGGUUGACUCCCUCUCGGCCUAACCGAUUUCCUCUCCCGGACGUGCGCUUGGCCACGCCCCCGCUGCCACAACAACAUUAUAAUAUUUGAAUGAUAUAGGUAAAAAUAUAAUAAAUGUGUAAUAUAGUUAUCAUAUUUAGCAAAAUACUCCUCUCUAUAGCAAGUAUUUUAUAAGUCCAACUAACAUGCGUGCUAUGGGUCAUUAAAAGGCAUCCUGAGGUAAAUGUAACGUUAGGUGACAUAUGUUGUUCUCCAGCUGUUUUAUGGACAUCUUUCCACGGUUGAAAAACACUGAUCGAUCGAUUUUAUUACAUUUCGGUAAGUUAUACUGUAUCUUUCAAAUUACCUAUUGAUCAUUCGUGUUUAUUUACUAUUAACUAGUAGUAAAGAGUAACAGAUUAUUGGUUCAAAUGCCCCUUGAACUGAGAUCUGUCAGCGAAUUGACAGAAUCUGAGAGCUGAGAAUCUGUUUCAUAUCAAUAGUAACCUUCUCUGUCUUGUCUGUCGGUGUCAGUGUCCUCUUUGCUUCGCGAUUUUUCUCUGCAUGAGAAAAUGGAUGUGUGGCGUGAGAGCAUGUAAAAAGUGACUAUUGCGUGUCUCUCACAGUGAAUUCGUGAGAGUUGGCAGCCCUGCAGAUUCAGUUUGUAAAUGUUUUCGGCGGGUGUGCUUGUGCUACCGCGGUCUUGUUCAUUUGCCAUGUUGUUUGUGUAUCUCUAUCAUGGCAAGCGCUGAGCCCUGUCGUUAAAGAGAAAACCGAUUUUCAUUCAAACAAAUCGACGUAAACUACUCAUUUGAGUUAAUCGAUAAAAUCUAUUUAUCGCCCAGCCCUAUUUUCAACAGUCUAUAGUCUUCUUAAACUGUAGGCCUAUACAUUUUUUGGCACUGGGCUGUGUGCUCACGAUACAGGAAGAUUACAACGAUGAUGUCAAUUAUGGCUUAUGGAUGACAGAGAAGCUAGUGUAAAUAAGCUGUACAGCUUGGGACAGACACGGUUUGAUUAGUAAAUCAUAAGGCUGUUGUACUUUCAAUAAUACAUAAUAUGUAAAUACAUAAAAUGAAAACCGACUCAACAGGUGUUUCUGCCUUAUGUAAAUCAGUUUGUAUUUGGGUGUUAUUACAAACCAAACAAAUAGUUAUGAUCAUACAAAUGAUUUUGCCUCAAUUAGAAUUUUGAAUGUCAUAUGCUUUUUUUCUUACAGAAAGUAAUGGACCAUUCUCAGAGAACAAAGAGAAGGAAAAUUGCUGCAAAAGUUGCUGAACAUUUUCGUCUUGUUUCACAACAGAAUGAAUUUGAACAACAGCAUUUUAAUUUGGAAUCAGCCUAUAAUGAACCAUUGGAGGAUUCUGUUUAUCAUGAUUGUGUCGAGGAUGUAACCGAGAAUGUAGAAAAUGAAUAUCCCACAGACAUUUUUUAUGAUGCUUUGGACAAUGACAUAUUUUAUGAUGGUUUUGAAAAUGGGAUUGCUGACAAUACCAGUGACUUUGACCUGGACUCUGAAUGUUCUGAUUCAGAACAUGCGGCUUCAGAGACACUAGAUGACACAAAUGGUCUUGCAGAGUGGGUUGCAGAAUACAAUAUCUCUCAAAAUGUAUUGUCUGCUCUUCUGAAAAUUCUCAGACAAAAACGCCUUAAUGUGCACAGACCGCAAGUGUGAUGCCAAAAAUGUAGCAGGAGGAACAUACUAUCAUUUUGGAAUUAGGAAUUCAGUUCUGGCAGAAUUGGCAUCUUUAGAUUUUGAUCUGAGAGAUCUGACAGACACUCUCACGCUUAGAGUUAAUAUUGAUGGUCUACCUUUAUUCCGCAGCAACAAUGUAAGUUUGUGGCCUAUUUUGAGUAGGAUUAAGGAGAUCCCAAAUUCAAAUGUUUUUGUGAUUGGCUUAUACUCAGGUGUGAUAAAACCAUCAAAUGUGCAAGAGUAUUUAAAUGAAUUUAUUCAAGAUGUUAAAGUUGUUGUACAGGAGGGUAUUCAGUAUAAUUAUGUGCAUUUCACAGUUGCUGCUCCUGAUGCAUUCAUAUGUGAUGCUCCAGCAGGUGCGUUCCUCAAAUGUGUGAAGGGUCACAACGGGUAUUACGCAUGUGAGCGCUGCACUCAAAAAGGUGUCCAUAUAAAUAGGAGAAUGUCUUUUGCUGAGUUGUCUGGAGAGCGAAGGACUGAUCAGACAUUUAGGGAAAUGGGUUAUGAAGAGCACCAAGGUGGAGUUUCACCCCUGUCUGAGUUAGGUGUGGGGUUAGUCUCAAGUUUUGUGCUUGAUUAUAUGCACCUUGUGUGUUUGGGCGCGAUGCGCCAGUUGAUUUAUCUUUGGUUAAAAGGGCCUCUGAAAUGCAGACAGUCUGUUAAAAAUCUCACUAUGAUUUCUGCAUUCAUGGCUUCUGUCAGGCAGUAUUUGCCGAGGAAUUUUUCUAGGAAACCAAGGUCUCUUCUAGAAAUUAGUAUGUGGAAAGCAACUGAAUUAAGGCAGUUUUUACUUUACACUGGUCCUGUUGUCCCACUUAAAAAUAUACCUGAUACAAUGUAUAGAAACCUUAUACUCUUGUCUGUAUCGAUAAGAAUUCUUCUUAGCCCUGAUUUGUGCACUGAAAACUGUGACUAUGCUGAAGAUAUUUUGAAAAAUUUUGUCCAAGAUUUUGGCAUUAUUUAUGGCCUUGAAUUUGUUGGAUACAACAUCCAUUCUUUGAUACACAUUGCCCAAGAUGCACGGAACUUUGGUCCUUUGGAUAGCAUUUCCUGCUUCCCAUUCGAAACAUAUUUAGGUAAAUUUAAAAAGAUUGUACAGAGGCCCCAAAAUCCUGUGCAGCAAAUUGUUAGGCGCAUCCAUGAGAAGCAGAAAGUGGCAAAACAGAAGAAAAUAUCAAUUUCCUCUCCUCUCAAACAGCUCCAUUUCUCUGGACCAGUGACUGAUGAACUUGGAACAUGCCAGCAAUACAGGCAGUACAAAUGCUGUAAAGGUGAUAACUGUUUUUCCUUAGGGGGAAGGACUCUCAUUGUGAGAAAUAUUUUGCUUUCUUCUUGUGAAACUCCCAAUGUUCUCUGUCACUUCUUUAAAAGCUAUGAAUUUUUUUUCAGCUACCCAAUUGACUCGGCAUGCCUUGGAAUUCACUUUGUUUCAAACUUAUCCAAAGACUUGCAUGUGAUAUCGGUUGAGGAAUUAAGGAGAUAAAUAGUGCUCUUGCCAUUUAAAUCUGGAUUUGUGGCAUUCCCACAGCUGCAUUAGCCUGUUUGUUUUGCAUUUUUCCAGCAUGUUACCAUUUGCGGUUGUGGAUUUUUUGGAUGGUGGAGGUGUAGCUAUUGUACCCUGCAAGUGGUUUACGGGACCAGAGGAAGAUGCUUGUUACUGGCCACCAAGACGAGUCAACAUCAGCAAGGCAGUAAAGGAGGAACUUGUUCCAAACCCUACCUGGCUGCAGUUUAAAGUGCUCGUCCUGGGAAAAGCAGGAAAAUAUGCCCACGCCACAUCAAAGCUUUUGAAGUCUGAGGCGACCUCAGACUUGCAGACGGAGUCUGAUUCUGGAAGACGGAUGGGAAAAGGGAAGCGCAAAAGAAGGCCAGUGUGUCUGUCAAGCUCUGAUGAGGAACUCUGUGGUGCUGGGCAUGAUCAUCCAUCCAGUGUGCCUUUACCUCCACCAGUUCCAGAGAACCUCCAACCGCAGGCUCCCCACUUACUCAAGACCCGUCCAUUUAUUCAACCACCUUCAAUUCCUUUAACGGCCGUUGCUCCAGAACGCCCCAGUAGAAUUUUGCAAGAUGCCAGUUCUGCAUUUAGAGAUCUGCAUUUACCUUCCCCAGUGCCAGAGAACCCUUAACCGAAGGAUCCCCACUUGCACGGGACCCGUCCAUUUAUUCAGCCCUCUCCACCUUCAACACCUUUAACAGCUGUAACACCAGACCGCCCCAGUAGAGUUCCUCAGGGUGCCAGUUCUGCAUUUAGAGAUGCCAUGUUUGCAUGUCUCCUAACCGUCCUGGAGGAAAUCAAGGAGACAAAGAGUGUUCAUGGGAGGAUGAUACAAUCACUCCUCACACAACGGGAUGCAAGUACAGUUGCAGCACUUCUAGAAGAUAUUGUUUUCCCCCUGAGGACGGUCUCGAAUGUUGAUGCAAUGGAUCAAAAAUUGGCAGACCCCACCUUCCACAAACAAGUGACUUCUCAUGUUUGGAGAACCUCUCCAGUAUAGUCGGGAAUUCCUUCUGUUUUUGCACAGCACCAGCAUAGGCACCGUGGACUCUUCCGCAGUUAUCCCCGCAGAGAUUCUCCGGUUGCCGGACCCUUAUGCAGCAGUGAAGAGGAACAGGGCGCAUCGGACGAGGCCAACAGCAAGAAAAAGAGGGAGACGCGGCGGUGUACGCCAGAGGCUCAGGAGACAGAGACAUAGGCGGAUUCCCCUUCCCACAGUCAUCCUCGCUAAUGUCCAGUCACUCCGGAAUAAAGUUGACGAGCUUCAGGCAAAUGUUAAGUUCCUGGCGGAGUAUAGCAGUGCCUGUCUUCUCGCCUUCACAGAGACAUGGCUUAAGGAACACGACUUACAGUCCGAUCUGGAGAUCGAUGGCUUCGGAGUUCCCUAUCGCUUGGACAGAGAUCCUGCAGUGACCGGUUGGCGUGGUGGCAGAAAUUGGAGGGAGAACUGUGGAUGAAGCCACACGAAGGAUGAUGGCCUUCCUUUUAGACCACCCCCUAUCAAGACAGUACAAUUUUGUUGGCUGCCAUGGAAAGCGAGAGUUUGGGGGGCUCAAACUGUUUGAGGUUGUGUAUGGAAGCUUGAAAAAAAAAUGCCCUUACAAACCAAAUUAACAGAAGAGAGGCUGAAAAGGCAGUGUCAAAGUGGCUAAUUGGUGCCAGGGACAGGGGAGGAAACCGUACUGUGAGGACACGUGGUGGACACCAAGAUAGGGCUGUUGGGAGAGCGACAACAGAGGAGUAAGAAGCUGCACUGUUGUUGUUUUGUUCGUGAAAUGCUUAAUUUUAUAGUUUUCAGAUAUGCAUAUAUAAACAAUACAAGUUAUGCCAAAUAAAGUUUGUCAGAAGCUUUAACUUUUUUUCUUUUCUUUUUAUAUUUGUCUGUUAAUAAAGUUGUACAUGUGCAAGUUCUAAUAGUCAUGUUUAAAUGAUGAUUAUAACUUCCUUAAUAAAGUAAA